AUGGAAAAAGUAAUUCGUGAGAUUGGAGGUUCCAGAGGCAUAGGAUUAAAGUUUAAAGAUGAUGAUGGAUACACUUACUGGAAAAAUCGACAGUGUCGAAUGCAUUUUACAGUUCGUUGUGCAUCCUGGAGAGCUGGUUGUCGUGCAAAAGGCAGAAUAUUCAAUAAUGACAUUACUAAAGUUAUUCUGAUUACAAGCCAUGAGACGCAUCCAAUAAACCAAUUGGCGUUAAAUAAUUUUAAAAAUAUUUGUAGACAACGGGCACAGGCUGAACAAAUACCUCUUCGGGUCAUUUACAACGAAACAUGCGCCUUAGCAGAAUUCGUGAAUGUGCACGUUGGUGGGUUUGUUUCACAUCGACGAACAAUGCGGAGGCAUAGACGUCAGACCCAGCCAGUAAGUCCACGAUCAAUGGCGGAGUUUCAUAGUCAACUCACUGGAGACUAUACGCAUUUAACUAAAAUAAAUGAUUCAACUUUGUAUUCAGGCCUAAUCGGUAACACUCCACAAGAAGGAGUAAUUUUACUUUUUAUACUACCUGAAGUCAUAAACAUACUGAGAACUGGUUCAACCUUUUUGUUUGAUGGAACAUUCUCAAGUGAACCAUCAUUUGGUAAUGAGUGCAAACAGUUAUAUGUAAUAAUGGGCAUAUCAUUUAACACUGGGUUUCCAAUUGGGUUUGCACUCAUGUCUAGAAAAACAGAGAGUGCAUACUCAGCACUGUUUAACCAAAUCCUAACUUUAGUACCGGAAUGGCAACCACAGACAAUAAUAAUGGAUUUUGAAAGGGCAGCAAUAUCAUCCAUUAGGUCAAUAUUUCCUAACGCUGAGGUACGAGGUUGUUGGUUUCAUUCUUCCCAAGCUGUCUGGAGGAAAGUUGAAAAUAUUGGUAAGCUAUUUAAUUUACUGUAUUUAUCUGAUAAGUAUUCAAGUAUCAGCGUAUUGAGAAUUCAGAUCAUGCUAUAUACAAGUUAUAAUUAUGGAAAUGGAAUUAUAAUGUUGUUUUGA